AAUAACAUUUUCAUUGCAGAGACCAAACACAAGUUAAAAAAUGAAAUUUCUGCAAAAUGGAGAUUUUUCUAUUGAUGAAUUACAACUAAUUGCCGAUUUGGAUAGUAAACAGUUUGGGUGCAUCAAUAACGACAAUCCAGAUAAAGAAGUUUUACGAGAUCUUAUACGACGCACCAUUACAGUUCUACAGUCCAUCAUAUCCUUGGCAGAAGCCGAUGUGAGCGAAGAUGUUUUCAAGUGUCAUAAAGUGGAAGAUCAGUCUAAUCAACAAAGUGAUACAGCGCCCGCGCCAGAAGGUGCUGCCAAUCGAGAUAAGCUAGUGGAUCCGUAUACAUUUUGCAAACUCGGACAUUUGCAUUUGCUGCUUGGAGAAUUCGAAGAAGCUCUGUCAGCGUACCAGGAGUUUUACAAACAGAACCCGUCAAAUAGACGUGAUUUGGAUUUUCUUUACGGCCUUGGUGUGACCUACUUCCAUUUUAAUGCUUUCCGAUGGUCUAUAAGAGCGUUUCAGGAGAUUCUAUACAUGGACCCUCUAUACCCGUGUUCGAAUGAUAUUCACAUACGUCUUGGAUUUAUGAACAAAGUUCUCGGAAACUUCAAGUCUUCGAUAAAGCACUAUAAUCUGGCGUUGAUUGAUACUUCGCCUAGUACGUUUUCGAAACAACUGAUUCGAUUUCAUGUCGCACACCUGUAUGAAGUUCAAAACAAGUACAAAUUGGCCAAGGAGGCCUAUGAGCAACUACUCAAUGAAAAAGAAUUGACGCUGGAGUUGAAGGCUGCUGUCUACAGACAACUUGGAUGGAUGUAUCACUGUCACGAUUAUUUUGGUGAACGCAAGCAACGAGAAUCUUACGCUAUUCUUUGCUUGCAAAAAUCUAUUGAAGCAAAUCCAAAAUCUGGACAAUCAUUGUAUUUGUUGGGAAGAUGUUAUGCCGGCAUAAACAAAGUUCACGAUGCAUUUAUUGCCUAUAGAAAUUCUGUAGAGAAAAGUGAAGGAAACGCAGAUACAUGGUGCUCAAUAGGUGUUCUGUAUCAACAACAAAAUCAACCUACUGAUGCAUUGCAAGCAUACAUAUGCGCUGUUCAAUUGGAUAAAAGCCACAGAGCGGCAUGGACAAAUCUUGGCAUUCUAUAUGAAAGUUGUAAUCAGCCAAAGGAUGCCUUUGCUUGCUAUUUAAAUGCCGCCAAGGGAACUAUUAAAGAUCCAAGGAAUGCUAAAAACAAAAAUUCCAGUCUAGUAGAUGUAAACAAAUGCCUAGAACAGCGCAUACGAUUCUUGGACUCUCAACUGCUUCAAGCUCCCAUGCCCAGCAUUACAUCGAAAAGAAGACAGCUUUGUUCCAUAGAAGAAGCUUGGAAUUUGCCAAUUUCCUUGGAGAUGAGUUCGCGACAGCAGCAGCAUCUACAGCAAUCCUCUAAUGCAAAUAAACGGAAAGUGGGAAAGGGAGCUACACAAGGGUCUCCACCACCAUAUCCCAAGAAUAUUCCAGUAAAACGGUUAAAAGAUGGCGAAGGAGUACCAUAUAGAAGUGAAGACAAGCAAAUAAAGCCUAGUAUGCCUCCGGAACUUAUGCAUAACAUGGAGUACAUGCAACAGAAACAUGGUAAUACAGGUUACCAAGAGCAAGUGCGUCUGCGGCAGAUUUGUAGUGAAAAUAAGCCAAUUGAACGAUUUUAAUCUGUAAGACUUGCAGAAUGUAAAGUGAAAAUUUGGUGCAGUUUUUCCCUGUUACCAAAGUUGUCUUGAUUUUGAUGCCAAUGGCAUUCAGUGUAAGAUCCCAUUUAAUUUUGAUGCAUAUUAUCUAUGGUAUCCUUUUCGAACAAGGAUUUUGAAGUAAAUUUUUAAUCAAACUACUUUCAAGAGAGUUUUCUCAAAACCACCAACCGCCAUGACCUAUUUGUCACAGAUAUCACCAACAUUUGCAGUUUUCUGUACUAUAUAACCCUAAUUUUGGAUACACUGAAAGAAUUUUCAUAAUAUGUUGCUUUAGCCUAUCUUUUUGGCCAAAAUUUGUCGACAAUCGUGUUUGCAUAAAUUUUUCCAUAAAAAAAUCACCAAGUGAAUAUCUUAAAUUUGCUUUAUUAUAACAAGCAAUUUCACUUAACCUAGAGCAAUAUUUCUAGAUUUGAUCUAAUGUAUAAACAUAGAAUAUACAUAUUACACACUAUUCG